UCUGCGUGUUCUCUCUUGCCGGCAUAAGCGGUGCGGCACUCAGUUAGUUUUGGGAGGCUCUACUGUAAACGUUGUUGAGUGCACCGGACACGAGUACCGGGUACACAAAUUCGAGGUACGGGUACUCACUUUGACGAACAAAAGUGCCAAGUUCAAGUUCGUAACACGAAGCAGAGAACGAGAAGCGUCAUUCACACAACGAUCGACGAAAACGUAUCUCCUGUACGUAGAAACGAACAUCGACGUCGAUUUACAGAAAGCCGGUUGAUCCGCGCCUAGAUCAUUACUUUGCCCGUUCGUUCCUUCACAGACGCGCGCAUACGUCUCUUUCCGUCUCGCCCGUUCCUGUUUUUAUUAACGUUCCGAUACACGUGUCGCGAUCGGGACACGUACUGUUUUACGCGUGGGUGCUUUCGAUGCGAGCUACGGCGGCGUAUAUAGCGGCGCAUACGGUCGGAGUGGCAGUUUUAUUGUGUUCUGAAGAAAGUUCCCUUAAAGCACGUAUCCACGACUAGCUGCUGCUUUGACGCUCGCUGCGAGGGACGAGAAAGAAAGGAGGAUUGAAAAAGGGGCAGAAGCUCCAGAGAUACAACAGUGUGUUUUUGUGCGAAAGCGAGGAACAUGUCGACUGCUGUCAUGAGUACCCCCAUGUUCGAGUGCAGCGAUCCUCUUUUUAAGAACGCAGCCUCGACCAAGGCGAAGGAGCUCCCAUCCCCGACGACAUCGAACAGCGCAAACACCGGCGCCACCGGCAAUAACGUCAGCAACGGACACGCUCCUCUCAAGCGCAGUUAUACUUCCCUGAUGACUACGCUGAUGAUCGAGCAGCACCGGAAGCUGGACCGCAGCGUCAGCGAACCGACGUCGCGCUACAAAACCGAACUUUGCCGGCCAUACGAGGAGAAUGGAUCGUGCAAGUACGGCGACAAGUGCCAGUUUGCACACGGCUACGGUGAGCUGCGCAAUCUCGCACGCCAUCCUAAGUACAAGACCGAGCUCUGCCGCACCUUCCACACGAUCGGCUUUUGCCCGUACGGCCCGCGUUGCCACUUUAUCCACAAUUUCGAAGAGGCGCGCAUACACAAUCAGAAAGUGAGUGCCCAGCUGGGCUCGACACAGCCGAAUAUAUUGAACUUGAACCCGCUGAUGAGCUCAGCGGCCGCGGCGGCGAUGAGUAGUAACAACAUCAUAAGUAACAAGAUGAACAACGUCAACCUGCUCGAGCAGCUCGCGUCGUCGCAAAUGGCCGCGGCGGCAUCCAAUCUUAUGAGAACGAAUUCGUUCAAUCUCGGCAGUACUUGCACCACCAACACAAACGGUUGCAAUCAGCCGCCAUUGUUGCGAUCAUCAUCGCUGACGGCUCAUCAUCAUCCUCAUGGAUCAUUGCUCUACCAUCAUCAUCCAGUAAGUGUCGUCAAGUCGGUGAUCGGCUCGACGAAGCCGAAACCGCUCAACCUCAGCCCGACCUUCUCUCUCGGUAGCUCCGUCGAUUCGGUCUCGCCAUCGUCAAGCCUCAGCCAGUCACCGACGAAUUCUAUGGCAAACUUCUUCAGCGAUGAUUGUAAUCAACAGACAGCGUCGUGCACAAAUCUGCCGACGACGCCGUUCAGUUUCGGUCAGGACUUCAGUCUGCUCGCCUGCUCGAGACAGAGCCCGAGUCCGCGCAACAAUGGCGUGUGCAGCCCUCUCGCUUCCGACGAA